UUUGUAUUUUUAUGUUAUCCAUGCAAGUUACUUAUGGAUCCUGCUAUCGACGAUUGGACCUUGCGGACUUAUGAUCCUGUAAUCGAAGCUUCUGAUCAAAUGAGGUUCUGAUCAUCUGAGUUCGAGCGACCAUGCUCAUAAGAACUUUCUUUGGGAUUUUUCGAGGAAGGCUUGGAUUAUAAAUAAAGAAUCUAAUGGUUUCAAUGGUUUUACAGACGUGGGUGGAUAGGCUAAUUUCGAAACGUUCUUCUCUGGAGCUCAUAUUAUCGGAUGAACAGGGUGUUAAAAUUCAGGCCACUGUUAUAGAUGAUUUGAUAGGUUGGGUCUUAAAUGUAAGUCGAUCUGGGACGUGGUGUGGUUUACUCUCUGGAGAGCAUCAUCCUGUUCCUUCCUAUGGCAAUCCAUCUUCGAGUCGUUGUGACCAGGAUAUCAUUGUGUGUGUGCUUAGAUGGGCAGUCAUUGAUUAUUUUGGAGGCAAGAUCACUAUAUCAUCCACUUCUCCUACUAUGUUCGAACUCAAUCCCCGUAUUCCAUAGAUAGAUGAGUUUUUGGAACAAUAUCCGCGUAAGAGACCAUGUACUCGUGGUAGUGUGGGAAGUCUGCAUUAAAUAGUGUUAUGAUGCAUCUUAUUCAGA